AUGGCCUCCUUAAAGGACUCCCAGAAGAAACCCUACUUUGGGUUGAAAGGAGGGUGGCUAACCUUCUGGAUUACCCGGGUUGCCCGUGCCACAGACAUGAAUUUGUUUGCAUAUGACCAAGGUCUUUCAGUGCUCUCCAAAGGUGGUGUUGUGGUUACGGAAGACUUCCUGGUCGUUCACGACCUGGUAGGGCGCUCAAAGACCAAGACUCUCUCCGCUGUCGCUGCCAUCUACGACGUUGGGUGCUCCGCCUCUAUUGUAUUCUUUUUCCUUUUCUAUAUUUUCUUUGGUCUUGUGUUCAAUGUCGCCUUUUUGCCAGUCAUCUAUUUCUUCUACCCCGAAACCGCCAACCGUUCCUUGGAAGACAUCGACGCAUAUUAUCGUUCCAACCCGUCGUUGAUCGUCAUCAAGGACCCGGAUGCCAUCUCCGUUAAACCCCCGUUGAAGUACAUCGAGCACGAGGACCAUGAGAUGAGAAAGAUUGAUGAAAUCAAGACUAAGAAUGCCGAUGCCCUUAUGGUAGAGCAUGUGGAAUAA